AUGGAGAUGAAGACGAAGAUGAUGGAGAACGAAACGCAGAAGGAGAAGCAGAAGAAUCUCAACCUCACCGUCACAAAGUUGAUUCUUGAAAUUCUGAGGCUACCAGUGAGAUUUCUUCUGCAUAUGAAGAACAAGAUGAUGAUGAUGAUGAACGACAAGGAGGAGAAUGAGAAGGAGAAGGAGGACCUGAACCUCAACAUCGCUCUGUCUCACGAGUUGAUUGUUGAAAUUCUGCUAAGGCUACCAGUGAGGUCUCUCCUCCGCUUCAAAUGUGUUUGUACUGCAUGGAACUCUUUGAUUUCAAAUCCUCAAUUCGCUAAAUCACAUUUUGACCUAGGUGCUUCACCCACACACCGUCUUCUUCUCGAUAAAGUCAAUGAUGAUUCAGUUGAAUCAUUUGAUUUCGAAGCGUCGCUUCAUGAUGAUUCUGCUGUGGUAAACCUCAAAUUCCCACCCUACAUUGCCCCUAGUUUCCUUACCUUAGGUUCUUGCAGAGGGUUUAUUCUGUUAGCAACAAUGAUGGGUCCAUCAGCUGGUGAUCUCAUUCUCUGGAAUCCUUCAACUGGUUCUCACAGAGAAAUUCCUGUCACGUAUGAUGACUGGGAUUCAUGGUAUGACCCUUCAACUCGUGUCCGCCAAGGAAUUCCAGAUUAUGUUGGUGGUUUGUUGUUUGGUUUUCUGUAUGGUUUUGGAUAUGACCAGUCCAAUGAUGAUUACUUGCUUGUUUUAAUACGGUUGGGUGUAUGUGAACCUCAAGUGAUUGUGAAUACCCCAGAAAGCUUUGUUUAUAGUGUGCAAUUUGGUCCACUUACACGGCCUCGAAUUGAGGUUCUGUCUGUGAAAACCAAUGUGCCUUCCUUCAUUUAUGGCGAAGAAGUUGAAUAUUUGGAGCUUGGAGCUGAGUCUGUAUCUGGUUUGUUCUUGAAUCAGUCCCUGCAUUGGUUGGUCAUAUCCAGGGAUACACAACGUCAUGUUAUCAUUGCCUUUGAUUUGGUUGAAAGGAGUUUAUAUGAGAUUCCUCUAUCCCCUGAUUUGGCAGAGGAAUUGUCAUAUGAUACGAAAUGUCAUUUGAGGGUACUGGGAGGUUGUCUUGGUCUCUGUUACUCGGGUGAAGAUGUUGAACCUGAAAUGACUGAGAUUUGGGUCAUGAAAGAGUAUAAAGUGCAGGCUUCUUGGACUAAAUCAUGUGCUCUUCCUGGCUUUUUGCCAAUAUGCUUAACUCAAGGAGGUGGUGUAUUGGGAUUAGAUGAGAGUGGAGGAUUCCAGAAAUUGAAUGAUAAGGGUGAACUGCUUGAAAAUCACGCAUAUGGACUAUCGGGCAAAGGGGCUCUAAAGUAUUUUGACAUGUACAGGGAGAGCCUACUACCACUCCCUGGUGAGGAAACAAGAAGAGAUGAAGAUGACGUUCAGUAG